AAAAUAUUUAUCCACUGUAGGAUCAAAAUCUAACGGCUAAUAUCGAAAAUUAGUUGAGUAUGUUGAAAGAAGAAAACCAAGUGAGUAUAGAAAUUCCCUGCGUUAACUUAUGUAAUAUUCCCUUAGCAUCUUAUUUUUUGUACCUAAUUCCCUUUGUUUCCCUUCCCUAUAAAGCUCCCUCUUCAUAUGUUUGGUGUUAUACAACAACCAGAGGUCUUCUAUAUUCAUCUCUUCUUUCGUCUCUGAGAAGUUACUCAAAAAAGAAUGGCUGGAAUUGUAGUGGUUUUCGACUUUGACAAGACGAUUAUCGAUGUGGAUAGUGAUAAUUGGGUGGUGGAUGAGUUAGGCGCCACUGAUUUGUUCAAUCAGCUUCUUCCCACUAUGCCAUGGAACUCUCUCAUGGAUAGAAUAAUGAACGAACUUCAUACACAAGGCAUAGCAAUACAAGACAUUGAAGAGGUACUGAAACGGGUUCCCAUACACCCUAGGAUUGUUCCAGCUAUUAAAUCAGUUUAUGCAUUAGGGUGUGAUUUGAGAGUAACAAGCGAUGCAAAUGUAUUCUUCAUUGAAACUAUCUUGAAACAUGUCGGAAUUAGGGAUUGUUUCUCUGAGAUCAACACCAAUCCAGGCUACGUCGAUGAAGAAGGCAGGCUUCGAAUCCUCCCUUAUGUUGAUUUUAUAACAUCCCCUCAUGGCUGCAAUCUCUGCCCUCCCAACAUGUGCAAGGGUAUGAUAGUAGAAAGAAUUCAAGCCAGCAUGACUAAAGAAGGGAAGAAAAGAAUGAUCUAUCUAGGUGAUGGAAUCGGGGAUUUCUGUCCCAGUUUGAAGCUCAUGGAAGCAGAUUUUGUGAUGCCAAGAAAAGAUUUCCCAGCCUGGAAUUUGAUAAAUAAAAACAGGACACUAGUAAAAGCAACUGUCCACGAGUGGGCAGAUGGGGAAGAAUUCGAGCACAUUCUACUACAACUAAUAAACACAAUCAGUGUUGAAGAAAGCCGAUUGUUAUCAGUUGAGUACUGCAAAUUCCAGACAAUGUCAAAAGCAACUCAUGGAGCAUUGCCACCGGCUCUUCCAGUGCCUUACUAAGUACUAAUGGGCUACGAGAUUGUUGUAGACAUUUUUUCUUUCGAAAGUUAAAAAGUGAUUGCUAUUAUUGAACAUGUGGUUUGAGUUCAGAA